UCCCCCAGUCUGAACCAAUCAGAUUUCAGAUUCAAUAAACACCAGUAGGUAGCGGGCCUCCGGUGACGUUGGAAUAUUUCCGUCCUCUGAUGGGUUUAGAGCUACUUGAGUGGAUUUUCCCUACAUAACAUUACAUGAAGUCGACGGCUGAGCAAGGUGACGAAAAUGACCGAAAUGAUGGUUAAAAAUGUAUUUUCAAGGCGGACCUCUCAAGACAAACUGGACAUUGUGAUAGUAAGUCAGACAAUGUUUGUAGCUGGCUGGCAUGUUUCAACCCUGUAAAGGAUUUAUUCGCCAGUUCAACAACAUAGCUGGCUCGGAGCCAAAACAAGAGUGUCUACAAACAAUACACAUCCCUGGUGCCAGGAUGGAUGAGGCGGAGAAGUACCAACAGCGACUGGAGGCCAUCGCUGAGAAGCGGCGGCAGCAGGAGGAGCAGGAGCGAGCCAAGAGAGAGAUGGAGGAUGAAAAACUCAGACUGCAGCAGCUCAAGAGGAAGUCUCUGAGGGAUCAAUGGUUGAUGGAGGGAGCUCCUUUGUCCCCAUCCUCACUGGACUCCCAGAGCCGACGCUCCCCACUGUGGGCCUCUCAGGAGGUGGGAAAGCACAGGUUGCUAUCACAGAAUGCGGGGUUUGCAGGGGAGGAUGAAAAAGAACAGAUCGCAGAGGACCAAACGGAACCCGUGGACAUGGAAGCAGGAGAUGUGGGGACAGUCGAGGAGGACAUGAAGGUGAUCCGGACACCAUCGCGGCGUGAAGGCUCGCCUGUUCUGAUCAACGGCGAAGGGGACUUGAAAUCAGGCCUCAAACAACACAGCGAUGACGCUCCGGAGAAGCCCGUCACCACAAACGGACCGAGCGAGAGCGUCACGGUCGAGAAACACGGCCAGCACGUUUGUCAUCUUAGCCGUACGAAGGUGGCCGAAGGGAUCACGGUCAUGCGGGCCGAACGCGUCGUCAUCACGGAUGAUGAGGAGGAAGUUGCGCCGCGAGAGCAUCACAAGUCCACCGCAGAGGGAGGAGUGACUGCGGAGGAGGCGCAAGUAGCUUCAGAAGCUUCCACAGAGUCUGCAGAGAGGGAGACGAGUGCGGUGGAGGAGCGAGCGGGGAGUACACACGAGGAGACGAAAGACGAGGACAUCAAAGUGGAAGCUUCAGCCUCAACGGGCGGUCCUCUCGAAGUGGCUCAGGUGCCGGUCUACUCACAAUCACAACCCUCUUGUCCUCCUCCAGAGGCACCACAAGCCCCAGGGGAGGAGGAAGCAGCGAUCACGCCAGCAUCAGAGGCGACCGACGCGUCCUCAAAAGCCCAAGGCGACGCUGUCGCCACGCCCCCUCCGUUCCAGGAAGUUCCCCUGGAGAACCACAGGACUGAGGCGCGAGCUGCCGAAGAGGAGCCCCUGGUGGAGGGGGCCAAAGCCCCCGACGCACAGGAAGAAGCCGCCGCCGAUAAGUCCAAGGCGAAAAUCUGCCAGUGCUGCUCGCUCAUGUAAACUCAACAAAAAUAUUAACACAACACUUCCAGUUUGCUCUCCAGUGAUUAUUAACACUUUUAAUUGCUUUUAAUUUGAUUACAUUGAUCACAGUAGCCCCAAAGUUCACUAAACUCAGUUGCACUGACUUAAUUUGUUCACCGCUCCUUUAAUAAAACGGGUUUUAGUUAGUGCCUAGUUGUUUUUUGUUGUUUUUUUUAAUGGCAUGCGCUACAUCUUUAAUAGUUUUAAAAUUCUACUAGCGCCAAAACUGGUUUAAAGUGUCCUUGGGUUCCAUUCAAGGCCCCAUUUAAGUUUAUUAAUCCAUGUCAUUAGGUCUCAUUGGACACCCUAUAUACACAUAUUACAUUAAAUAUUAUUAUGUGAAUGUUUAUUAUAAGAAAACAUUUGUGAAGCAACUUAAAAUUCAUGCUAAAUGGGAGCCAAGAAAAAGUGUUGCGUUUUUAUUUUUGAUCUGUUUUCCGCACCAUCCCAAUAUUCAUUUUUUAUUCGCACACAACAGACACAAUUGGAGGAGGGUUUUUUUCCCACCUUAUUUUUAUUUUUUUUUGUUAAAACCACCUGUUCAUUUUGGUAACAAUGUCUGAAUUUAUAUUAUCAAAAUAAACUCAACCCACAGCAUUUUAAUGCAGUAAGAUGAAAAAGGCUUUAUUGCAAAAGAAUUCCUGUCCAUAAAUAAUUCAUUUUAGGGUAAAUACAAGUUUUCUUAAAAUGAUUUGAGUGCUUCAUAGAGGAUAUAUUUUAAUGAAGAUGCUUUAAAGCUGAGUUAUUAAAUAGAUCUGGGAGUUGCUGGAUAGCUUUUGAUUUAUUUCAGCUACUGUAGUGUUUUUUUUUUUUUUUGGGGGGGGGGGGGAAUUGUAUAAUACAGGUUGCAUUUAUUUAUUUGUCCCAAUUCUGAAAACCAAAGUGUGCUCUCACUGACAUUCCGCUGGGUCAACAUCUCAUUUAACACAUUUUUACUGAUGUAUGACUUUUGUAUUUAACCAAAUCUCUGUACGUGCAUAACAAGAGUUGUCAAGUUUAGAAACGACUGCAUUAAACAUUAAACGGACAUUUGACAAGUUUUGUUGGGUGGAGUUCAGCGCAGCGUUUUUCCCUCCCUCUGGACUUUUCUUAUGUUGAUCCAAUCGGUGAAGAAUGUGCUCAUGUUUGCUACCCGUAUCAUCGCUGUCCAAUACAAAGCCGAAAUCUCUUAACAAAUCUCAUGAUAACCAGGCUUUAAACGCACCAGGUGUCGUCAUGUGAUCAGACUUUGGACAAAUGGUUACUGCUCAAGUCACUCGAUUUUUACACUUAUUGUGACUAUGCCUGUAGUUUUGAAAUAUGUCUGUGGAAACCCUUAGAAAAGUAAAUGACUAGGGUUUUGUUUCCUUCAGUUUACGGCUUCAACAGAACACAAAUUUUCAGGAAAUAUUUUCCCCAAAGUUGCAAAAUGUGUUGGGAGGUUGAACCGCUAUCACAUGAUCUUGUGUGCUUUUACCAUUUUGCUUUUUUGUGGUUAUGACUGCAGAAGGGUAUGAUUGUUGGAUGGAUGGCUAGAAAGACUGGCGGAUCAUAAUUAUUCCCGAAGGAAAAUCCAUGGAAACGGAUGGAAUAGGAACUGGAAUUUGUAGCAGCAACAUUUCCGACUGACUAAAAACCAGUUGCACAUCUUCCCAAUCCGUGAUAAUGGAUUUGCAAGCUACAAGAGUGGUCAUCAAGGGUGAGUACUUAUUUCACUGCCAACCUUUUACUCUGUGUGUGCCUGAUAACGUUUCCGUUUCCGUAACACUGGAACAGAGAGUUAAUUUGUUUUGAAUCGAGUUCAACCUUUAGAUGUCACCAGAACCUUCCACGCAAUCUAACCGGUGACCCAAUUGGUGCCACAUCGUUUGUUGACCUCCUUGAGUAACAUUUACAUUGAUUUCCACAUUAGGAAGAUGGUAUGAAUUGUUGUUAUAAUUGCUUAUUUGUAAUGAAAUCACAACACAAAUGAAGGCUGGAGCAGCAAUGAGGUAAAAAUAACAUUAUGUUGCCAUUGAAUAUGAACGUUUUCUGUCAAGUUUGUCAAAAGUGUUUAUUUUAAAUCGGUCUACCGAAAGAUGUCUUGUUUUGGUAUGACCUCAACGCAUUACUAAAGCAACACUGAUUAAUUUGGUUUGUACAAUGACAAUAGCUGCAGUGAUUGCCUUUAUAUGACGUGUCAAAAUCCAGCUGACUUUGGCCCCACCUUGUGCUGCUGAUUUUCAAGAAACCACCACGUGUGAGGGAAAAAAAACAAUACUAAACAUACUUGGGAAUAAAGCCUCUGCCUCAUUUUUGAUGGACACUUAGGUCUGCUACGCUACAGAUUUGAAUGUUUGUCAUGAUUGUGCUACUUGUUGUGCUAAGGUUUUUUUUUUGGGGGGUGGGUACUUGGUGCGAAAUGUUUUGAGAACCACUGAUCUAAAAUAUCAGUGUUGGACCCAGGACACCUCUGUGUAAAAACUUCAUCCUUACUUCAAGUUGACGGGCGGUUAAUGACUUGGAAAAGGACCUUUUAUCCUAUUGUUCCCCUGGGUGGCAAGGGACCGUCCAUAUUUGUCGUCCAAGUGAAUGUUUUAUGUUUGUCGUCGUCUUAUUUGAUUUCUGUGAAUCAUUCAGCUAUUGGGACUUUGUCUGUCUGCGUCCUGUUUAUCUGAACUGUGGAACCGGAUGCUGGCCUUAUAAAAGCCGCCAUGAGCUAUCAUCAUGCACACAUCAUCACUGUGACAAGACGCUGGUCUGCAUCCCGAAGUUUCUGCCUCCUCGCUCCUUUGCCAUGAUUCUCCUGGCGUGCGCGGUCGCUGCGGUCUGCUUGCUGUCGGGCGCCGCUGGCGCCCCUCUGGCCUGCGAACAACUGAUUAGGCCUCUGGAGGACCUAACUCCCGACCAACUGGAGGGAACCUGGGCCUUGGUCGGCGGCAGUUUGAAACGAUCGGUGGACGAAGACACGCUCAAGACCAGAGACAGCGUCACGUUCGUGGCGUCCCACUCCACCUUCGUCCAACGUAACCGCGUGGCUGACAGGUGCCAGUCGUUCCUGCUCAACGCCACCAAGCAAGGCCACGUCAUGACCUUGAGUGGGAACAACUACCUCUUCACGGCCACCUUCCACCAUACUUCCUGCCCGACCUGUCUGUUGUUCCGCUUCGACGUGCAGGCGGCGAGCCACACCACCGUCGACCUCUACCUGGUGAGCAAGACGCGAGAGUUGGGUGACAGCGAGAAGGCGGAGUUCGCCGCACAGGCCAAGUGUCUGGGCUUGCGGGAGCCCAUGUGGUUGGACCCCACCAAGGAGCUUUGUCAGGAGGCCUGACUGACCCAAUAAAACGAUGAUGCGCA